AUGUACCAUGAAAAUGGUAACGGGCCGUGUUGGAAUAUUGAUCCUUGUAGAAGGCUUAAGGAUCAGGAAAUUCAAGAGGUAAUGGAGUUUUCAAGACUAUUAGAUGAUCAAGGAGAGCUUGUGGCAGAUGACGAUAUACGGGAGUGGAGGUCCAAUCCAAAAGGUACUAUUUCUAUUAGUUCUUACUAUGCUUGGCUCAUGCAUGAUCAGGGACAAAUUAUACCUCCAAAAUUUCCUUCUAAAUACAUUUGGAAUAAGACAAUUCCUCCUAAAAUUAGUUUCUUGGUUUGGGCUGCUGCAAAUAGAGCUGCUCCUACUCUGUCAAUGUUGUCAAGAAGGGGCAUGACAUUAGUAAAUAGCUGUGGGUUUUGUGAUAAUAGCGAGGAGUCAGUGGAGCACUUAUUUCUUCACUGUCCUUUUAUUGGGAAGAUUUGGAACCACUUCUUACAGCAGCUAGGCUUGAUUUGGAGGCACCCUAAUACAGUCAUCGAGUUCCUAUGGAAAUGGAAAUUGAAGUUCUCGACUAAGCCAUUUACUUUUUUGAGAUAUUGUUUGUCGUUUGCGAUUUGGUGGUCAAUUUGGUUGGAAAGAAAUGAUAUCCUAAUAGGGAAGAAACAAAGUAAAAAAACUUUAAGUUCUCUUAUUUUAGAUAUCAAGAUGUUGUUACUUAGCUGGACUAUCAAUGUUGAUUCGUUUAAGAAUAUUAAGCUUGAUGAUUUCGUCUUUGAUUGGGUGAAUUCGUUUAGGGAGUAG